AUGCCCAAGGCAAGCAGUGCCGCCCGCCAGCCCAAGUGCACCGCGGCAAGGGCGAGCAAGAAAUGCAAUGUUGUCUUCCAAGCGGCAAAGGGCAAGGUCGCCAGUGAUAGCGGCUCUGCUGUCGGACUGGGCUGCUCCGGGUCCCUGUCGGCCACGGACAUGGCCAGGAUCUUCCAUACCAACGCCAAGGCGGCAGGGAUGGGAAAGAGCUCAGUUUUUGUGGACGUGGGAUGUGCGCUGGGAAGGCCUCUUGUCCUUGUGAAGCACCAGACCGGAGUCCGGCGCUGCAUUGGCCUUGAUCUCGACGUGAACAAGCUCCGGAAUGCAGACCGAUUCAUUAAGUUCUGUGUCAGCCGGCUUCCAAAGCUUGAGGCCAGCCACUUCACGCUUAUCCUGGCCUCCGUGGGCAUUCUGCCCCUGUGCCCCGAGUUUUUUUAUACCUUUUGGGAGGGGUGGUCCGUGGCGGACAAGAUGCACUUUGCGGAACUGUUCAUGAGACAUGGUAGCCGCAAGGGAAUCACGGUCGUGCAAUACAGCAUGCCCGACCCGGAGGCGGAGAUGGAGCUGCUGGGGUUCUGGGGCCUUAAGCUCGUCGCGAGGGAGACCAACUGCCACAUGCACGACAGCAACAGGACCAUGACAGCCUUCGUGUUCAAGGUGGUCAUGUACAAGAAACCUGACAGCAGCAGUAGCGGCGGUAGCGGCAGCUUGGCCACUCAGCCCCAGCUGGCCGCUGGCACUGCCGCCGCCGCCGCUGGGCAGCAGGAGGGGGAGACGGCAGCAGCAGCGGCGUCCACCUCCUCGCCGCCCCUCACGACCACCGCCGCGUGGCGGACAAACAUGCUGCCUCUGCUGCGCAAGGCCCAGGAGAAGCAGCAGCAGCUGGUGGAGCUGGUGGGGGCCGUCCGGGGAGGGCGAGGUCCUCUCCUCAAACCCAAGGAGGUGGAGCAGUUGAAGCUGUCCGUCAUGGGAGAGCACGCUGAGAGGGAGGUGCAGCGUGCUUCCGAGUUCAAGGAGGUCGGGUUCGCACCAGAUUACGAAGUCAACCCGCACGGCGUCAUCCGCCACAAGGUCACCCACACCCCUGCCUUGCUCAACCGGGGUAAUGAUGGGCAUCUGUAUGCGCGGCUUGCCGUCCGGCGUGGCAGCGGCAAGGGCAACAGCCCGGGGGGAGGGGUGGUGGAGGAGGAGACGGGUGAUGAGGGGGAACUGGCCACAACAGAAUGUGUGUGGAGUGGGGCGGAAAAGUCCAAGGAUCACAAAAUGGCUGUUCGGACAGUGGUAGCACUUGCCCAUCUGCAGGGUGCGCAGCAGGCGCUGGUGCUCACCCCCGGGGGGACGCAGGUUCGGAAGCUGUCUAGGAGCACUGGGAUCCGUGUGGCACACAAGGAUGGUGACAUGGACAACAACUGCGUCGACAACCUGGAGCUGAGGGCGCGGGCCCGAGGAGCGGGGACCAGGAGCGGGCGGCGCCCUGCUCGUGGGGGGAAGGGUGAAGCCAUCCGGGAGGGUGCUGCAGACAGCGAAUUGGGAUGCUGGAUUAAGCAUGGCGCCAAUGGUCUGGUGGACGGUUAG